GAUCGCUGGGUUUGUUUAGGUCAAGAGAGCUUCGUGCCUCUUUGACUCGCGAUGAGAGGACGAACCUCGAAUAUCGUGAUCUUCGAUCUCGAAAAGAUUCGCCGCAUGUAGUUUGCACGCAUGUCUGCGUUCAGAGAAUUCGUUCUCGGUCGACAGCAGUAGCAGAGGCGACGUGCGCGUGCUCGCCAACAACGGUGGACCUCUAUCCUGCAGAGGAUGGCAAAGUUCUGUCUAGCUGUCGUCUAUUCAAGGCUUUCCACAAUUUCGGUGCUCGAUUCUUCUCAUACGGAACUCGCGAAAAAUAUGCCAAGCAUGCCACCGAAUCGUUUGCGAUCUCGAACGAUGACGAAAGGAAAUUGGCUGCUGGAAACGCGCAGGGGAGCACAACAGUUUCGAAGCACUAAACAGGGUUUUAAUUCCACAUGCUUGUUCUUUCAUGUCAUCCAAACAUUCUGCUAUCUACCUCUUCAGCUUGGAUCAUUCCUCCGUGGAUCUUGGAAACGGGACAGAACCUCAUGAGCACGCCAUGGCACAUCAUAUCAGUUGUUAUAUACUGCAGUUUUUCUGUCUCGCACAAUACUCAAGCUAUGACAUCAGACUCUAUCUAAGUAGACGUAUCUAAUGGUAAGUGUCUUGAGAUGUUUUCUAACAUAUUUGUCAGCUCUCGAAAGGAUGACAAGCUGAUUUUCAUGCCUCAUAAAAGUGGUACAGUGCUCUACAAUCUGCCUCGACAACAGUGGAAAGAUGUUAUCUUCGUCUUUGAACAGCUGGGCGAAGGUUUGAUGGAGAUAGAAUUCUUUCUACGGAUAACCUCAGUUUUAUACCCUGAAUAUUCACUUCCUGG